AUGUUCUUGGACUCCGAACGAUUUGGAAGGGCAUAUACCUAUGCCACCGCCUUCUUCUGCGGUGUCUCCAUGCUACUGCCCAUUAAUGCCAUUUUUUCUGCUCCCUUAUACGUUAUGAAUUACUAUCAAUACGUGAUGCAAGACCCCGAUGCAGUGUCAGUCCACAAAAACUUCUGGGACAAUUCUCUGACGUAUUACACAAUGAUUGUCUUGGUCACAUCACUAAUCGUGGAACCCUUAACUCUAAGCAAAUCAUUCCGUCGUCUUCCACUGCGGUUGCGUAUGCUGUCGGCACUGUGCAUCCUGUGGUUGGAGAUUGCCGUCCUGAUGGUGGUGCCGGCUGUCGGCGCAUCGGAGGGAGGGGCCAUCGCCACUAUUGUGAUUGCAGGUUUUACCUCAGCACUUGGAAAAUCGGUGUUCGAAACAACAGCAUACGGCUUGUUCGGGGCGUUUCCUUCCCGUUUCAUGAUAACCUUAAUGGGUGGUAUCGGCGUGGCCGGGGUGUUGACGUCCGUCCUACAACUCAUUGUAAAGGCAGCUCUCCCUGAAAACUACGAUGGGAUUCGCACUCAAUCCAAGAUUUUCUAUGGGUUAGUGGUGGGCAUGCAUGGUGUCACCUUCGUUCUGUUAGCCCUGAUUCAGUGGGUCCCGUUUGCUCGGCGUUGCACGGAUUCCCUGAGUGGGGCCCAGCAUAAAACUGAAGACGGUAAAAACGCGCAAACGCCGAAAUCUAAUCACGACACAUCUCCUGAUACCGAAGAGAGAGAUGUUGUGAGGGAUCCACACGCGGGUGGUGACGAUGAUGCUGGACUUCUCGCGAAUACGGACAUAUUGUACGUGUUGAAGCACGUGUACCCGAUGCUCAUUGCGUGUGGCUUCAACUUCUUCGUUACCCUCUACCUCUUCCCAACGAUUGUGGUCUCGGUGGAUUCUUCGGAUUACUGGUAUGGAACGGUCGCCGUCGCCAUCUUCAAUUUUACAGACGUGAUUGGUCGUUUUGCUCCUUCACUGAAGUGCUUGUGGCCUGCACGCUGGAUGGUGGUGGCUGCGUCCUUUGCCCGUGUCAUCUUCAUCCCGCUCCUUCUCAUGUCGUCGUACCACUACAUCCCGGGGUUUACCUUUAACUAUAUCAUGAUGGUGAUUUUUGGUCUGUCGAAUGGCUUUGUUGGUGUUCUCACGCUAACCUUUGGGCCUAUUUCGGAAGGUCUGACGACUACAGGCCAGCGCUUUGUGGCUGGGACGAUGCUUGGCAUUGCCAUCCUCACUGGUGGAUCAAUUGGUACGGCACUGAGCAUCAUGACCCAGACGCUGCGCGAGUAG